CUUGUGUGCACGCAGGAGACUCAAGCGAUUAGCGGGGCGACAGUCCCGGCAAAUGCCAGAACCUCUGGAAUUGAAGGCGACCCGGUUAAUUUACAAUAGGGAGGAGGCCGGGGAAGGAGGAGGGUUUCGCAAACGACAAGGACAACGAGCAAUAAGGAAAGAAAGACAGAAGUUACAGCGAGCAAGGAAACAACCGAAAAAAGGAAACUGGAAGCAAGGAAGACGAAGGAAUGUCUUUGUCAAAAAACAGCAUACAGGACAAAAGAAAAGACUAAGAAAGAACACGCCUUCAGCAGAGGAAAGGUAUAAGAGGGCCAGAGCCCUGUAGCAUAGGCGGACGAAACUCACGGAUGAGAUUGUCCGGAAGAAUCGAACCAGGAAUGCAGCGGCAAAAACCUGAAUUGGCAUGACUGUAACCUUGGAAGGCACAGUAUGUGUAAGGCUGACAGCGGGUACGGCGCAUAAGAUUAAACACCACCGGGAAAAAUGCCACGCGUGAAAAGAGACCAAUGAGUGCGUUUAGACUGA